AUGUGUCCCAUGCUCCUGAGCAGACUCUCCGACGGCCCGGCCCUUGUCCUUUCUCCGCCCCAGGAACACGCCUUCGUUCAAUUCCCUGCCUCCCAGCCUGCACGGUCCUUCCAGAGCCAGCCUGCUGGACCCGGUUCUUCGCUAUACCCUAACCCUGGAUUCAACGCUCUCAGCCUGUCACGCAAGAGAUCGCGUGAUGAAGUCGACGACGGUGAACCGUCCAGUCUCGCGUCUUCCUAUGCUGCUACUGCUACUGCUGCUGCUACCAAGACAGCUUCGUCCUCGGUCGUAGCACCUCGGAAGGAAGAGGAACCCAUCUAUGGAGAAGGCAUGGUGCUUCUCAACCCCCGAACGGGUCUGGCUCUCUCCGCAGAGAGCCAGACCGGGACCUGGUACGAGGAAAAAGUCGAAAGCAUAGCGGCUGCUGCGCCGGCGGUCUCGUCGCGGUCCUCCACCGUGCCCUCUUCGGGCCUUCUCCCUAGCCGUAAGUCGCAACGGCUCGACACUUCGGCCCCAGGACUUGACGACAUCGCACUCUCGGCCAUCCGCAAUCGUACCGACACCCCCGCUGACCAGGCUACCGCUGCUGCCUCGUCGUCUGGAUCCGGCCCGAUGGAACCCCAAGUCGACGACGCGACGCGUCUGCUAGGAAUCAGCUGGCAACGCAUCUGCGACGACGACACAGAUAUUGCGGCCGCCGUGCGCGGGUGGAAAAAGUACAUCGACAACCAGUACGCUGCGCACCUGCACGACUCGCACAUCCUGCUGAAGAACCGGGCCCUGAACGCGUACCUUGUCGCCGCGCAGCCCGUUGGCCCCUCCUCCUCCUCCUCUGCGUUCUACCUCUUCAGCGAGGAUCUCGAUACCGCCCAGCUUGUCGGGUCCACAUGGGAGAUCUGCCUGCACAAUCUGCGAUCCGUGCCCCUGGCUUUCGAAGGAACGCAGGUCCUCCGCGCUGCGGAUAAAAACACCUCCACCUCCUCUUCUCCACUAGACAGCAAUCCGCCCCUGCUGCAAUCAGUACCCAUGCCGACCUACCUGUCUGGGAAUCUUGGAAUGACCGAAGGCGUAGGAAUGGGGACGGGAAUGGACAUCGACUCGUAA